AUGAAUCUUUAUCAUGAACUGUCAGAAUUAUGGAAGUUAGCAGGCAUGAACCCAAGAAAAUGGAUGACAAAUUCAACUGCAGUCUUAGCUGAAAUACCUCAAGAUGAAAGAGCAUAUAAAACUGAGGUUAAGGCAAAUAGUGAAUUACCAGCAAUUAAAACAUUAGGUUUAAGUUGGGAUUCUCAAGAAGAUGUGUUUUCGUUCAGUAACACAUUAUCGCUUGUCUCGGGAAAGAAGUUAACCAAACGAAUUGUGUUGAAAAACAUAGCAAGAUUGUUUGAUCCACUAGGUUUUCUCACUCCGUUCACUGUGCGCGCAAAAAUGAUUAUGCAAGACAUAUGGGUGACUGGAGUAGACUGGGAUGAUGAACUGCCUGAAGAGUUGUCUGAGGAAAUAAAAAAGUGGUUUUCAGAACUAGAACAGUUAAAUGAACUACAAGUGCCAAGGUGUCUCGAUAUAAGGAUAGAUAGUACACUACACACCUUUGUCGACGCGUCAACUAAGGCAUAUGGGGCAGUUGUAUAUUCUGUAAACGGUGGAGAUGACGGACAGACUGUGAAUUUGAUAGCCUCGAAAAGCAGGGUCGCUCCUUUGAAAUCCAUAAGUAUUCCUAGACUUGAAUUGUUAGCUGCUAGCCUUGGACUACAGUUGACACAGGCAAUAUGUAAUGUGCUGGACAUGCCAGUUGAAAACGUGGUAUUCUGGUCGGAUAGUAUGAAUGUGCUUUACUGGAUUCAUGGAGCAAGUAGACAAUAUAAAACGUUUGUAGCAAAUCGUGUAGGGUCAAUUCAUGAAAUAACAUCUCCAAGUCAGUGGCGUCACGUACCAACAGUAAAUAAUCCAGCAGAUUUGACAUCGCGAGGAAGUUUGAUUCUAGAAUUGUCAGAUUGUUCGUUUUGGUGGCACGGACCAGAAUUUCUAAAAUAUGCAGAGGAACACUGGCCCGGAAAAUAA